AACUUUGGAACACAGCGUUAAAGUGAUUAUUGCAACUGAUUAUUGCAAAAUGUGUUUAUGCAAAACAGAUUAUUGCAACUUAAAGUGAUAUUGAUCAGAUAAUCAGUUUCAAAACACAAAUCCAAACACCCCCUUAGUUUUUUUAGUAUGGGUCUCAUGUGUACUCCUUUCUUAGGUACUGUCACUACUCCCACCCUAUGAAGGGAAAAUUGUUCUUGAAUUAGGAGCCGGUAUCGGUCGUUUUACCGGUGAACUAGCUGAAAACCGCAGGCAUAGUCAUAGCCCUUGAUUUCAUUGAAAGUGUGGUUAAAAAGAAUGAGAGCAUCAAUGGGCACCAUAAGAAUGUCGAAUUUAUGUGUGCUGAUGUCACCUCAGCAGCAGCGCCACAUGCAGCAGCGUUGACUGCACCAAACGCACGCCUCAGCAGCAGCACCACAAUGCAUGCCCGCAGCAGCAGCUGCGCGGCUACACUACACGCAAGCCUCAGUAGCAACGUCGCACUGCGCGCACACCGCAGCAGCAAUGUCUCUCGCAGAAGCAGCGAUUGCAUGCCCACAGCAGCAACGUGCAGCUGCACGCCCACAGCAACAACGCGCAGCUGCAUGCAGAAGCGGGUUGUCUCUGGUGACGAGUCGCAAACUCCACAUUAUUCAAAGGCACUAUUCCAGAGUUGGUUCCAAAACCUGGAUUUUAGAGAUGAACUUCAAAACUUUUUGAGUUCGAGUUACCCGACUAAGUUUGGAAGCGAAGAUGUUGAUGGUGAAGAAGCGGAUGAGGACAGCGAUGAUGACACAGAUAUGAUUUAAAAUUAUGACAUUUUAGAUGUUAAGUAGUUUUAUGACGUAUUAGUAACUUAAAACGAUUUCGAAUUGUGACGUUUAUG